AUGGCAGAGGAUUUUGAUAAACUUACUCGGCGUCAUGCUGUUAAAAUAGCAUCGACAGCCAGUGUGGAGGAUUGUAGUUUGGCUGCUGGUGAAGUUGUUGGUUAUGAGAAUAUCGGAUCAGCUUCCCGCAUGAAUAAUGCGAUUGUUUUGUUCCUAAAAUCAAUUGAGCUUGCCAAUCACCUGACGGAGACGGAUGUGGUGAUAGAUGGUGUUUUUACAUCUGUUGUCCCUCUUUCUAAGCCAUCCAAGAAAGUAAUUCUCUCAAAUGUUCCCCCCUUCAUUUCUGAUGAAGUUCUAGGACAAACACUGUCGCGCUAUGGUAAAUUGGUCUCGACAAUUAAGAAAAUUCCGAUUGCGAGCAAAUCCCCUUUGUUGAAACAUAUAGUGUCCUUCAGGCGUUGUGUGUACAUGGUUCUUAAGGAUAACAAAGAUGAUUUGGAUUUGACAAUGAAUGUGACUGUGGAUAACUUUAAUUAUGUGUUUUAUGCAACAACUAGCGUGAUGAAAUGCUUUGGUUGUGGACAAACGGGUCAUCUCGUACGUGCGUGUCCUGAUAAAAAGGAAGACGCUAAUAAUUCUGGAAACAAAGAAAAUUGUAAUGUUAAUGAAACUAGGGGUGAUGUGGCAGAGGGAGCGUCUAGCGUGAUUGAUGUUAACACUAACGUUAGUGCAACUACUGAGGGGGAGGGUACCGCUGGUGCUACUGGGCCUGUGAGCGAAGCCCAGGAACAAAAUGUUGCGCAUGGGUCUGAAGCGCAAGUAGAAAACCUCAAUGAUAAAACUACUGAUGGGGAGGGUCUUUCCACACCUUUGGGGGAGAUCAUCACUGAUUCUCAGUGUCAGGGAAGCAAUGACGAUGCCACUAUUGCUGAGGAGGCUCCAGAGGAAGAUAUGGAAACUUCUGUUUUGGAAGAGGGCAGUGUGAGGUUGGUGAAUGGUGGAAGUCGCUGUGCUGGGAGAGUGGAGGUUCUUCAUGAUGGUCAGUGGGGAACAGUGUGUCAUAAUGGCUGGGAUAUGAGAGAAGCUGCAGUGGUGUGUAGAGAGCUGCGCUGUGGGGAGCCUGUAAAUGUUCGGUAUGAGGCUCACUUUGGACGAGGAUCCGGACCAAUCUGGAUGGAUGGUGUGAAGUGUAGAGGAUCAGAGUUGACACUGAAGAACUGUACAUCAGCAGAGUUGGGCAAAAAUAACUGUAAUCAUGGUGGAGAUGCUGGAGUCACCUGCUCAGACGGUGUGAGGUUGGUGAAUGGUGAAAGUCGCUGUGCUGGGAGAGUGGAGGUUCUUCAGGAUGGUCAGUGGGGAACAGUGUGUAGUUCUGCCUGGGAUGUGAAAGAUGCUGCAGUGGUGUGUAGAGAGCUGCGCUGUGGGGAGCCUGUAGAUCUGCAGUAUUGGGCUGAGUUUGGACGAGGAUCAGGACCAAUCUGGAUACACGAUUUGUACUGCAGAGGGUCAGAGUCAACACUGAACAACUGUAGCUCACAAGGGGAACAUGCCUGUGGUCAUGUGAUUGAUGCUGGAGUCGUCUGUUCAGACGGUGUGAGGUUGGUGAAUGGUGGAAGUCGCUGUGCUGGGAGAGUGGAGGUUCUUCAGGAUGGUCAGUGGGGAACAGUGUGUGGUGAUGACUGGGAUCUGGACGAUGCUGCAGUGGUGUGUGGAGAGCUGCGCUGUGGGGAGGCUGUAAAUGCAACACAAAACAGUGACUUUGGAGCGGGAUCAGGACCAAUCUGGCUGGUUGGUGUGCAGUGUAGAGGAUCAGAGUCGACACUGAAGAACUGUCGAUCAGAUGGGAGGGGGGAUUACUGUGGUCACGGUCGGGAUGCUGGAGUCACCUGUUCAGGUAAACUGCUGUAUUUAGGAAAAAAUAUUACAAAGAGCAGUGUGAGGUUGGUGAAUGGUGGAAGUCGCUGUGCUGGGAGAGUGGAGGUUCUUCAGGAUGGUCAGUGGGGAACAGUGUGUGGUGAUGGCUGGGAUCUGGACGAUGCUGCAGUGGUGUGUGGAGAGCUGGGCUGUGGGGAGGCUGUAAAUGCAACACAAAACAGUGACUUUGGAGCGGGAUCAGGACCAAUCUGGCUGGCUGGUGUGCAGUGUAGAGGAUCAGAGUCGACACUGAAGAACUGUCGAUCAGAUGGGAGGGGGGAUUACUGUGGUCACGGUCGGGAUGCUGGAGUCACCUGUUCAGGCAGUGUGAGGUUGGUGAAUGGUGGAAGUCGCUGUGCUGGGAGAGUGGAGGUUCUUCAUGAUGGUCAGUGGGGAACAGUGUGUCAUAAUGGAUGGGAUAUGAGAGAAGCUGCAGUGGUGUGUAGAGAGCUGCGCUGUGGGGAGCCUGUAAAUGUUCGGUAUAAGGCUCACUUUGGACGAGGAUCCGGACCAAUCUGGAUGGAUGGUGUGACCUGUAGAGGAUCAGAGUCGACACUGAAGAACUGUACAUCAGCAGAGUUGGGCAAAAAUAACUGUAAUCAUGGUCGAGAUGCUGGAGUCACCUGCUCAGGUAAAUUGGUUUUAAUCUUAACUUUUAAAAUAUAUGCUCAAAAAUAUAUUUAUUACCACAAUCGAUAUUUAAGAAAUGAUCCUGAGAACGAUGAUGACUCUGUUCCAGCUGAUCAGAGGACAGUUAUAGUGACAGACGGUGUGAGGUUGGUGAAUGGUGAAAGUCGCUGUGCUGGGAGAGUGGAGGUUCUUCAGGAUGGUCAGUGGGGAACAGUGUGUAGUUCUGCCUGGGAUGUGAAAGAUGCUGCAGUGGUGUGUAGAGAGCUGCGCUGUGGGGAGCCUGAAGCUCUGGGGUAUUGGGCUGAUUUUGGAGGAGGAUCCGGACCAAUCUGGAUACACGAUUUGUACUGCAGAGGAUCAGAGUCAACACUGAACAAUUGUAGCUCACAAGGGGAACAUGCCUGUGGUCAUGUGAUUGAUGCUGGAGUCGUCUGUUCAGGUCACAUAAGGCCGAGACUCUCUGCUGGUCCUCACCGGUGCUCUGGGAGAGUGGAGGUGCUUCAUGGAGGUUCCUGGUCCACAGUGUGUGAUGCUGACUUUGACCAGCAGGAUGCAGAGGUUGUGUGCAGAGAGCUGGGCUGUGGGAUUCCUGUGGAGGUGCUGGGAUCAGCUGCUUUUGGCCGAGGGGAGGGUCAGGUGUGGACAGAGGAGCUUCAGUGUAGAGGAAACGAAUCUGAGAUUUACUUCUGUCCAACAUCAUCUUCACUCAAACACUCAACCUGCUCCCAUGACAACGAUGUGGGAUUAAAAUGUUCUGCUCACACAGGGGCGCGGCUGGUGAACGGACCGGACUCCUGUUCCGGUCGAGUGGAGCUCCAGUACCUCAGUGAGUGGGGCACAGUUUGUGCUGUAAGCUGGGAUAUGAGAGCUACAGAUGUUCUCUGUGCACAGCUGGACUGUGAGAGUGCUGUGGCUGUGGUGGAGGUUGACUGGUUUGGGAACGGGAGUGGCCACAUCUGGGCUGAUGUGUUUGAUUGUCAGGGGAAUGAGACACACCUCUCACAAUGUGGCGUCUCAUCAUGGAGUCGAGCUGCAUGCUCUCAUCAACACGAUGCUGGAGUCAUCUGUAAUGGAUCAUCCGUGGCGUUUCAUGAGGGGCGAGUGCGGUUGUCUGGAGGGAGCGAGUGUCAGGGGGAGGUGGAGAUUUAUUUCAGGCAGGACUGGAGGAGAGUUCUCCUGGACUCGUGGAGUCUGUCUGAGGCGUCUGUGCUCUGCAGACAGCUGGGCUGUGGCUCCGUGCUGAACUACCGCUCCUCUCCAUCCACCACUGAACACAAACACAUGUGUGUAACGGGUUUCAGCUGCUCUGGGACUGAAGCUCAUGUGGGGAACUGCAGCAGAGCACAAAAUGUCAGCUGCAGCUCCGGGGAACAGCUGUACAUCACCUGCUCAGGUAAGUUUAACUCAGACCCCAGGUCCAUCAGGCUGGUUGGUUCUGGUGGAGACUGUGCAGGAAGGCUGGAGGUUUUCCACAGCGGCUCGUGGGGGACAGUGUGUGAUGACUCGUGGGAUAUUGAGGAUGCACAGGUGGUGUGCAGACAGCUGCAGUGUGGAGAGGCCCUCAGUACCCACAUACCAGCCUGGUUUGGUCCUGGAACUGGGUCCAUAUGGCUGAAUGAGGUGGAGUGUGAGGGGAACGAGACGUCCCUGUGGAACUGCAGAUUUCAGCGGUGUGAAGAGGGUGAAUGUGGACACCAGGAGGACGUAGGAGUCGUGUGCUCAGAGUUUAAAGAGAUCCGACUCACGGAGGGCUGUGAGGGGAAUCUGGAAGUGUUCUACAAUGGAACCUGGGGUAAUGUGUGUCACAAUCAGAUGGAGCAGGAAGUAGAAACAGCAGACAUGGUGUGUCGAGAGCUGAACUGUGGAAGACAUGGCAGUCUGUCAAACACUGCAGCGAGAGUAAAAUCUGCUCCGAACUGGCUGGAUCAUCUGAAGUGUCGGAAACACGACUCUAAUCUGUUGCAGUGUCCAUCUUCACCCUGGGGACAGAACCGCUGUGAUAAUGGUGAUGAGGUGGUUCAUAUUACCUGUACAGGUGGGUGGAUUCAGACUUUUCUGCUUCUGUCCUGCUCUUCAUUUCCCUCUCAGAAACAUUGCUCAAAGCGCUGGUCUCUCAGGCUGAGGGGAGAUAAGGGAAGCUGCUCUGGGAGGUUGGAGGUGUAUCAUAAAGCUACGUGGGGCUCCGUUUGUGAUGAUCAGUGGAACAUCAGCAACGCUCAGGUGGUGUGCAGACAGCUGGGCUGUGGGUUGGCGCUGAGAGCUGAGAGGAAUGUUCCUGGUCCUGGUGAAGGGACGAUCUGGCUGAACAGAGUGAAGUGUCGAGGGGAUGAGAUUCACCUGUGGGACUGUCAUCAUUCCCUGAAGAACCACACUGACUGCUCUCAUGCUGGAGUCACCUGUGCAGACAUAUCCACUGUGUCCACGGCAAGACCCACCACCACCACAUCAGGUCUGUAUAUUUGUUCCACUACAAUAAUUGCUACUGUUCAAGCCACUCAAACCCCUCCAUCAGCUGGAGCUCCAUCCAGCCCUCCACUGGUUCUCUUUGUGUUGGGAACGCUGCUCUUCCUGGCCUUAGUGCUUCUGCUGCUCCUGUUUUACCAGAACAGAGCACUCAGGAGAGAUGUCUCUAAGACGAGGCGUAAGACUCAGCCUGAGGCAGUCUAUGAGGAGAUCAACCACAGAUCCAUCACUAGAAGAAGCAGGAGCUCCACUCAAAGAGAAGAUAGGUUUGCAGUCAUCCGGUGCUGUUUCUAUGGCUCGGGUUUCCAGAUCCUCCAUAAAAAAGUUGCAUAGAGUGGCAGAUAGCGGGUCCCCCAUUGCAAAUCCCUCUUUUUGUCUAU